GCUUUUCAUCCUUUUCAGUGCUCCUUCUCGCGACCGCAUAGUGUGCGCGUGCGUGCGUGCGCGGAUCGCCGAGCGCCGUUUCAUUCUCUGCUGCCAGGAGACGCGCAUCUCUUUUAUCGCCGGUAGACAGUCAGUCAGCUCCAAACUGCCUUCGUCAGAGCUACUGGUUUUUAUCUCAGCAUUUUUUGCCGGGUUUCUCGACUCGCAGUGCUGCCCACCGGGUUCCAAAUCGAAAAAAAAGGUAAGAAUCGCUAUGUAGACACGAGUACCGACUGGGCGUUGCUGGAGAAAAAGCGCUAGACUCGGUCAGCCAUAACCGUCUGAUAGCUGUAGACUCCAACUAGUGGACUGAGUCCUGGGUUCCUGAUUCCUCUUCUGCUGCGACGGACCUCCAGGACUAGGACAAGAUGAAACCGGAUGGUGUUGACACGGCAGCAAUAGAGCCAAUGGAAGCAUUAAACGCAGGUCCUGCGGUCGAGGUGGUGCCAGUGGGCGAAGCCCAGGACCAGGCUUUGCCUGCAACGCAAACAGAAGGUGAACCGCAGCAAACAGAGGCAACCAACAAGACCGGAAAGGACAAGCUUGUGGAUCCCAAAGCUAAGACGAAGGCUCCUGCCAAAGCAAAGACAACCACCGCUGGAACUAAGGCAUCUACAACCAGCUCCCGUCCCACCACUGGCCAAAGCCGCCUGACAAACGGGGCACAGAAGUCACAAGCUAAUGGCGUCACAAAAAAGACCACCACAGCAGCCCCGGAGAAGAAAACCUCAACCACUGCUGCCACUAAAAAAACAGUUAGCUCUACUUCUGCACCCACAACCAAGACCCCAACCAAGGUGGCUGAGAAAAAGCCGGUGGGGAUGGCGAGACCUGCCAGUGCUCCAGCCAAUGGCGUGAAAACAACAGGGGCCACACAGCCCAUCAAGAAAGCCUCCGCUGCACCAGCCAAUGGUCUGAAGUCUAAACCAAAAACUACAGCUCCAGCUCCAAGACCCGCCACUGCAUCCACCACUAAGACCAGCACCACUGGCUCUCCCAAACCUGAUAAACCACCUGUCGCCAAGACAACCAGGUAAACACCUCAUUGUUUGGGAAUGUCAAAAACUGAGCUCCCAGACUGGGUAUGGUAGUUAGAUAUAGCAAUGUGGGCCAUUUCAGUAGCUCAUUCUUUUCCAUUGU